CAUGUCUGCGGUAGCAGCCAUGUUUGUUUCUAACUGCCUUGUAGUUGCUAGCGGCUCUGUUUAGGUCUGUGAUGUUGAGGGACGGCUACUAUUCCUUUGAAGUGGGAACCACAAUGGGUAUAGAGGCAAAUGGAAAAUGGUUCAAAGAAGCAGUGUCGAGAAAGCAAUGAUGUGGUUGUCGCUGCUAACGUUAGAUCUCACGUCCGAAUCUUAAACGAGGUGUAAGCAUAACACAAAUCAGGCUUACCGGGUAACAUUAGGCUGUAGCUUGCCAUUUUUAAGCUAACGUUAGCUACCUGACAGCUAGAAAAUUAGUCAGCCUUUUAAAUGGCAUCAUUUAACGUUAACGGAGAAGGGGGACAUGUCCUAAACGUCCUGGCUGACGUUAGUCCAGAUAUCCAUAUCUGUGGCUUCUGCAAGCAACAGUACAACAACUUUGAAGUCUUUCUUGCCCACAAGCAAAAUGGUUGCCAGCUACCCUCCUCAAACAUAUCUGCCUCAAACGCUGGUGCUUCUCUCACUGAGUCUGGCACAGAGUUUGUGUUCGAAGAGGCCUUCCAGGCGUGCGUGGCUAAAGUGGUGAAGAAGCCCCUUACUAAAGUCCAGAAGAGUCCUUCCAAAAGGAUUAAGCCUACUGGGCCCUCUGUGAGGCGGAGCUGCUGUUUCUCAGGAUGCACGUUCAAAACCCAGUAUGGUCAGAAGGACAUGGAGAGGCAUCUCAAAACACACACUGGCGAGAAGCCCUUCGAAUGCGAGCUGUGUCACAAGCGCUUCAGCCGACGGGACAAGCUGAACAUGCACAGCCGCUCGCACACAGGCGAGAGGCCACACAAAUGCAAAUACUGUGCCUACGCAGCCGCGGACAGCAGCAGCCUCAAAAAGCACCUGCGCAUCCACUACGACGAGAGGCCUUUUAAGUGCCAGAUCUGCCCGUACGCCAGCCGCAACUCCAGCCAGCUCACCGUACAUCUGCGCUCACACACAGGAGACUGCCCAUUCCAGUGCAACCAGUGCAAUGCCAAAUUCAAGAUUAACUCGGACCUGAAGCGCCACAUCCGUGUGCAUUCGGGGGAGAAGCCCUACAAGUGUGACUUCUGCGACUACUGCUGUGCCAUGAAAGGCAACCUCAAGUCCCACGUUCAGAUCAAGCACGCCUCUCAGAACUCCUUCCGCUGCCCUGACUGUGACUUCCAGUGUGCCAACAAGAGUGCCCUGCGCCAGCACUCCCGGGGCCACCAGCCCGCCCUGCCUAUGCAGUGCCCCAAGUGCAGCUACUCCUGCGCAAGCAAGGGGGCGCUCAAGAUCCACGAGCGCGUGCACUCUGACGAGCGGCCUUUCAAGUGCGAGCACUGCAGCUUUGCCUCCAAGCAGAGCAGCAACUUGCUCAUCCACCGCAAGAAGUGCCAUGCUGACCAGCCUGAGGCCGCUGAGAAGCGGGCAGGAGCAGGGCGAGGGGCAAACGGUGAGACGGGGGGCGGCCCGGUGCCCUCAAAGCCCGCCAGCUCCCGCUACCGCGCCCGUCUGGAGGCGGCACGGGCCUUCCGCUGCAGUGUGUGUGACGCCUCUUUUGUGCGGGAGGACUCUCUGCGCAGCCACCGUCGGCAGCAUCAGAACCUCCCACACAGUGGCUUCUUGCAGCUGCCCACUCCCACCACCACUGCGGCCACCACCACUGCCCCCAGCCUAGGGGCCCAGCAGUCAGGCCCGUCCCCUCAGGCCCAGCCUCAGGAGGGCCCGCUGCUCUCCUCCUACGCCGGCGCACAGCUGAAGAUCAUUGUGACGCCGCAGCUCGGCCAGGAGGGCUCCGAGGGGCUGCUGAGCCCUGUGCAGGUGAGCCUGCUGCCCGUGCAGAGCAUGCAGCCGCCUGCAGGGGGUGCCCUGGAGCAGCAGACAGUACUGCUCACCCAUAUCUCCCCUGACGGUGCCUCAAGCCUUCCACAGACGCUAAGCGCAGACAGCUCGCAGACUUUCAUCACCACCUGCUCUGACCUGGACGGACUGACUGCUCUUAUUCAGGAGGGAGGCACCGAGGUUACCGUGGUGACGGACGGCGAGCCCCCCGGCAUGCCUCCCUCAUCAGAAUGCUCUCUCGGCCCACCACUGCAGGUGGUCAGCGAAGCGUCCUCUCGGGGAGAUGUCAAGCCGUCACAGGCGGUUCUCCUGGGGAGUGCGGCCCCCUGUGAGGAUGGCAGCGGUCUGAUCAUGUCGAACAUAAGUAUGGGGCCUCACGGCACCUUGCUCCUCCAUAACAUGCCUCUAAGCCUGGGCCCCCCAGAGAGGGCCCCCCCACUAGAACCCCUCUCCCAACACAUCUUCUCAGAUACACACCCGGUGGACCCUGACGACUGACACGCAGUCCAUUAUCUCCUGGAACACAGUAUUCAUAUUCAGAUAUGCUCAACACUCAAAGACUAAAAUGCUGUGGUCCAGGCUUCACCAAGCUGACAUCUAUUCUAUUUUAUUUUAUUUAUGUUAGUAGGACUUUUUGGAAUGCAGCAUGUCUGGUAGAGAAAAAAAUUCUCUGGUUCACUCCUCAAUAGCAAUAGAAUCAUGUACUUAGUAGGCCGGUGCUACGCUAGUUUAUGAAUACAUCAUAGAAAUGGAUGUGUUGCUUUGAUGACCAUUUGGCCAGGGUGAAUUCAGUCAGUCUCUCGUCAUUUGCUCUUGAGUGUUGUCACCGUGGACCAUUAACAUUGGACUGUUUUGAAAAGAUGAGAUAAUAAAUAUUCUCUUGUCGCAACAGAAGUAAAGCCUACCUCUAAAUUCCCUGCAUUGUAAUUGUGUUAUUGUUUUGCCUAUGUUUUGGCUCUACAAUUGAUUAACAAAGUGAAGAAGUCCAUACAAUAAGGAAGUUCCAAAUAGAGAGAGCAAAUUGGGCUAACUUCUGCAACAUGUGCAAAAGAACAAUGUAUUUCCUACAUCUACACAGUGUUUUAAUCAUUGUUGUUGCACACAGUAUUAUGGUAAGUGCUAUUGUCACAGCCCCUUUUUACAGGAAAUGGCUGUUCUAAAAGAUAAUGCCUAACCAUCAAGCUAAUCUGUAACAAUAACUUGAGAUGCUUGCCAUCCAGGAUAUCAAGCUGUGCCCAAGUCAAUAGAGCUGUGGUGAACUGUGUGCUCGCUCAGACAUGACAUAUGUUCUACUCCAUCAAGGCGAGGCUCUGAAGCAUCUCAGAACUGCGUAUGGUUUCUUCAUCGAGUCCCCCAGGUCUGGCCUCCCUCAGACGUUUGGCUGAUAGCAUCUCCUGUGUCUGUGGUCAGUCGAGCAGCGAUGAGCUGGGAGCUACAUGCUACCCAGUGGCCCCACCAGCACCUUCCACCUCACUGCCCACAUCCUCAGUCUAGGCAGGUAUGUGAGAUUGGGAUCACCUUUUUUUUCAGAUUGGCGUGGUGAUGAGUUAUAUUUUAUUCACAGUUGGUGAGUUUAUUGGUGAGUCUUUUUUUUUAAUUGUUGUAUUCAGUGUUACAUUUUAGAGGUUCUGCUGGUCUGUGUGAAAUCACUAGAGGAAUUAUUUUUCAGUGUCAUUAGUGUGAUCUUCCAGUCGUUUAUACUCCAACUCAAAGACUUGUUGGUCGGUCGAUAAAUAUAUUUUUUUUCUCCCUCAUGGUCACUCUCUCUGCCCAAGUCCUUGAUGUGAUGGAGUUUGCUCCAGAGUGAAGGCUUAGCGUGAACUGGAGUCCCUGAGGAACAAUUGAGCAUUGAUUUUCCUGUCAGUGCUUCUAGCUUCUGCAGCACACCACUGACCUGUCCUUUUCCUCUCUUCUCUUUUCUUGGUCCAUUGCCUUUUUCCCCUUCCUUUCUUACCUUGUCCUGUGUCCCCCCCCCCCUCUAUUAUUUUCUGUCCUUGAUGUGCUUUCUCUCCAUGUGAAAUAUCAUGCGAAAUAUCAGGUGGAGUCAAUUGGUCAGGAAAUAAAGUCUCAAUCAGAUGAAUCCUUGUGUGGAUGAAAGGCUCAUGACUGAAGUGACAGUGUUAGAGUGUAGUUGGGCACGUAUUCUUAACGGACUCUUGGGUUUGGUCCUCAUUUUGGAUGGCAGUACUUAGAGUUCUGAUCAGACUGACCCAGGCAGCAGUCAGAUUCAUAACUAUUCUCAGUGUUGUUUUCAUAUCACUGGGGAAAUGUAGAAGCUAAUCCAAUGCCUUAAGUGACACAUUUAUCUGCACAUUUCAACUUUAUUGGCAUAACAAGAAUAGUGUUUGUAACUUGUGCCUUGCCCAUAAUCCAAAGCAAUUCACCUUGAAGCAUGCUUAUAUAAUGCAUGAAUGUUGUGUGAUAAUGGAAAAAAGACACAUAAUUGUUAAUUUAGUGUCCUACAGAUAUAGCACAAGAUAAAGACAUGGCAUCUUUCAAAUUCUGCGGUGUUGCACCAAAGGAAAAUUCUUGCCCUUAUAUUAUGGCAUCACAUUGAUGGUCGUAAUGGUCACGCAGGAAUACAGUGUAGUUUCCAGUGCUUGCCAGAGAGUGGCAGUAAGUAUCCAGUUUUCAGUACAAAAAGUGCAUGGAAACAUAUCUCAAAACCAGAUUAUCUUUCAUAUGAUACCAUCUAAAUUCUUUUUCUUUUUUUUUUUCUUUUUUUUUAUGAACCUGAUUUG